UUCUGUUACGUUAUUGCUUCGCGAACGUUGUAAACCGUAUUGAAUAAAAGUUCUUUUUCUUUGCACAAGUGUCAAUAAUUUUGUACUCUAUCGGUUAAAGGUUGUUAGGGAUCUAGAAUAAAUAUGGAGAUUGCAGAGCGACGUGGUUACUCUACAUAUGUUUCGACUCUAUGUGUAUCUCACGCGCAAGAGCGACCAAUCGCGAAGAGCGCAAUCGUCUGAAUCAUCAGCGCGUCAUGACCAAUCAGCAUGCGCCAGCUGGGAUUCCGGGUUUUUGACAGAAUCCAACGUGUAUGAGAAGCCGAGCGCGGAGUUAACUGUGGCGAGUAUGUUACGGGACAUUCGUCAAAGACUUUAAAGGAAUGAAUUAACGUCAUUGUGCGCGGCCAGUUAAUUACCAGACAGCAGCAACUUUGUAUCAGGGAUACGUCGAUCGUUAAAUCGUUCCUAACGAAAGCAAGAAAAAAGAAGGAUGAAUUCUGUGUCUUUGAUACUUUCUAUACUUUUUGGAGUCGUGUGUGCUGUUACGGCACUAAAAGAAGGUGAAUGCGAAGUAUGUGUUGCUGUCGUGGACAAAUUUAGUCAGACACUGACGCCAGAGAUUAAAAGCGAUACUAAGAAGAUUGAAGCAAAGUUUCGGGAAUUUUGUAAAAGCACCAAAUCAAAAGAAAACAGAUUUUGUUACUAUCUAGGUGGAUUGGAAGAAUCCGCCACUGGUAUUUUGAGUGAACUUAGCAAGCCACUGUCGUGGUCUAUGCCUGCGGACAAGAUAUGUGAAAAACUGAAGAAAAGAGAUGCACAAAUAUGUGACUUAAGAUUUGAGAAACAAAUCGAUCUCAAUACGGUGAAUCUGAAGAAACUGAAGGUACGCGAUUUGAAGAAGAUACUGAACGACUGGGAAGAGACGUGCGAAGGCUGCUUAGAAAAGACAGACUUCAUUAAGCGAAUUGAGGAGCUUAAACCUAAAUAUUUCACUAGUAGCUCAAAGACGGAACUCUGAAGGAUUGUCUUCGGCUUAGGCAAGCAAUUGUUUUAGUGUGGCUAAAAUUUUUUCCGUUUCUUUAAUUCGCAGAGGAAUUGUUUACGGCAUUUAAGACGUGUAUUUAUUCAUGUCUACGUACAACUUGUAUAGCUGUGUUCCGUAAGUUCGUUUUUAGUGACAGUCUCUCUUAAGCCGAGAUAUUUAUAGGUUCCAUUAAAAGUAUGGAGUAUGUAGAACACGUUACUACAAAAAAAAACAAACGCUAGGACGAAGCGAGCAAUAAUAUGGGCAAUGAUAAUUUCGUUAAACGAUACUUAAAUUAUUUCUAAUCGCAAUAAUUUCGAGAAACGUACACGUUAAGUGAUCUGGAUUCUCUCCCCGAAGUAGCCAUGCUAAUCUACUUCAUUGAAGGUGCUCCAUUUUUACGACAUCUCAAUUAGAUAUAAAUUAAUAUAUACAGUGUUCAUACAAAAAAUUAUUUUCUCACGUAUUUAUCCUCAUUGCUCUUCCUCAGAUAGUGUAGUGAUAUGUUUAUACAACAUGUCCGAACGAUAUUUAUAUACCAAAACGCAGUGUACCGUAUCAAAUGGUAUGUGUAAGGGGGAUCUACCCUCUCAGUUGAUGUGUAUUAUUAUUAUUAUGAUAUACUUGUUUCCUUCAUUCGGUUUCUGUUCUGUUACGUACGAAACACGAACGAAAUGUACAAUUAAACUGGAACAUCUCACGGCCAGUAUUGAUCAACUACUUUACUUGACUACGCGAGUCCAACAAUGCCAAUUUUUGAGAUAAGAAUUAUUUGUAUCGAUAUAUAUAUAUACCAACUUUUUCCAGUCGAACGAUACAAAUAUGUACUUUGAAGUACAAUAUCCUAAAAUUAAAGAUUACGGUAAAUUGUGCAUAAAUUAAUAAUUGUAGAUAAGAUAUUGCCGCAUAUCUGAGUGUAUACACUAUUCUGAAAAAUUUCAAAUAGAAUUAUUUAUUUCGUGAUAAGACUGCAUAAUUACGUUUUCUAUAUUACAUUCGUGAAUCUUGAUAUGAGAGGUCGGAAAGAAAUAAAAGCAUGUGUAUGUUGUUACGAAA